UUUAUUCCUCGUGGCUUGGAAGAACUUAGAAAUGGAGGUCAGUGUGGGUUUUCACCAAACACACAGACUUCGACGACGUCACUUGGAAGUCUCCAACUCUUGCUUCAGGAUCUGCUGAGAAAACCGGAGUCCCCGGUGGCCUCAGGCAUCCGAAGAAGUGACAGGAUGGAUGGGAAGCGAGUCAGGAGCUCCGUUGAUCUGGAGUUGCAAAUUGGUUCUAAGCCUGAGCUCCAGAAGAGAAGCACCCCAACCAUCUUGACGCCCGGGAUGAUGAUCUUCACCUGUUUCAUGUUCUUGCCGCUGAUGGUGCUUCUUCUUGGAGCCAACAGGAACCCAUCUUUCGAGUGGCUUCUUGGUGUUGAAAUCACAGCGGGAAAAGCAGGUUCCAAAUAUGGUUCUUCGGCAUCCUUCUCUGAGCCCCCAAAUGACAAGCUUCUUGGAGGUCUACUCUCUGCUGGAUUCGACGAAGCUUCUUGCCUCAGCCGCUACCAGUCCGCACUGUACCGGAAGCAAUCGAACCACACUCCUUCACCUUACCUCGUCUCCAGGCUCCGAAGAUACGAAGCUCUCCACAGAAGAUGUGGCCCAAACACCGAGCUCUACCAGAAGGCUAUAGAACAGCUGAAGUCAAACCGCAGCACAGAGCCUACGGAGUGCAACUACGUGGUAUGGGUGCCCUCCGAUGGCCUAGGCAACAGAAUCAUAACUAUUGUCUCAGCGUUCCUCUACGCCGUCCUUACUGACAAGGUCCUGUUGGUGGACCUUUCCGAUGACCUUCGCGACCUCUUCUGUGAGCCGUUUCCUGGUACCUCGUGGAUUCUACCUUCGGAUUUUCCAGUCAACAACCUCGAAAGCUUGUUCUUGAAUGCUCCUUUGAGAUUCAGAGAUGUGCUGGGUAAAAAGUUGGACGCCACAGAUGGUUCACUUCCAUCUUAUCUCUAUCUCCACCUGACACAUGAUCAGAGAUUUUCCGAUCACAUGUUCUUCUGUGAAGAGGCGCAGCCACUGCUUCAAAGAACACCUUGGUUGUUGCUAAGAUCGAAUCAGUACUUCGUGCCUGCUCUCUUUCGCGCCUCGCAGUACGAAAAGGAACUAAGCUUGCUCUUCCCGAUGAAAUCAGUCGUCUUCCACCACUUGGGAAGGUACCUGCUCCACCCAGCUAACCCAGUCUGGGGUUACAUUACGAGGUACUAUGAUGCUUAUCUGGGCAAUGCAAAAGAAAUGGUAGGCUUACAAAUAAGGAUUUUUGAAGCUGCACCGAUAUCUUCGGAUCAGAUGAUAGCCCAAAUCCUCAACUGUUCAAUACAUGAGGGGUUGCUGCCGGAGAUUAAUCUCACAGAGCCUGCUCAACCGAUCACACAGAGAACACAACCCAAAGCUGUGCUCUUGACCACACUAUACUCGGGUUACUUUGAGAAGCUGAGGAACAUGUACUACCAGUACGCGACGACCACCGGGGAGGCCAUCGCGGUUUAUCAACCGAGUCACGAGGAGCAGCAGCACACGGAGAAGCAGAACCAUAACAAGAAGGCUCUGAUGGAGAUGUACCUCUUGAGCUGCAGCGGCGCGUUGAUCACAAGCGGGUAUUCGACGUUCGGGUAUGUGGCACAAGCUCUGGGUGGACUGCGGCCGUGGAUUCUGCUACGGCCUGACAAAGGGAGUUCUUCUUGCCUUCGCGCGACGUCGAUGGAGCCCUGUUUCCAUUCCCCUCAGGGAUACCAAUGCAUAGCAGAGAGGAGCAGCAGCAACGAGGCUGUCGGGCAUGUGAGGGAGUGUGAAGAUGUUCCCGGGGGACUCAAACUUGUAGAUUAGACUCGACGUUCUCGAAUUCUACCUCAAAAAUUCAUUUGAUUUACAACUGUUCCAUUGCUGAAAACGUAUCAUUAAUGAAUGUGUCAAACUUUGCACGAA